AUGGGUAAAUGCUUAAGCACUUAUAAUAGAAUUGAGAACUAUGACCCGAAGUAAACUGGGACUGAAAUAUAUGACAAAUUUGGAAAUUUAAUUGCUGGUGGAUCAAAUAGAGUUGAAAUACAUUACAAAGGAAGAAUUUUAUACUUUACUAAUUCCAUUUAAAGAGUGAUGAAUGAUUUUGAAUUUUUAGAGGAUGAUAUUUUCAGGCUAUGGAGACAUUUCGUAAAAAUAGAUAGGGAUUAAAUCAAUUACAUCUCGAUAGGCUAGCUUUUCAGUUAUUUAGAUGAAAGGCAUUAUUCUAUUGUAGCACCUUAUUUAGAGAGAUUUUUUGAUUUGAUUGAUAGAGAGUUUAUUGAAAAAGUAAACUUUGAUGAAUUUUUGCCAGCAUUAGUCAGUUUUUGUUUAUUCUCAAAAGAUGAAAUGAUUACUUUUGUAUUUAACAUGUUCGAUAGAGAUAGAGAUGGAGAAAUAUCAAAAAAAGAUUUGUUCAGAUUAUUCACAAUAGUUAUUGAUAAUAUUCAAGUCUUUCCAAUCAAUAAUUUAAGAGCAAUUGAGCUAAUAUCUAUGGAAAGAGGUGAUAAAAUGAGCAAGAAUGAUUUCAUUAAAGUUGUGUAGUAGUUACCUUAUACUGUUUUUCCUUCUUUUCGUUUGCAAGGAGAAAUGAGAGAAACAUUUGGUGGUGGUAGGUUCUGGAGAAAAUGUAAAAUUAGAUUAGAUAAGAAGGAACAAGAAAGGAAAAUGAUGGUAGAAAGGGAGAAGUUUUUUGAGAAGUCUAAAUCGAAGAAAGAGAUAGAUUAUUAGGAUAAAUUAGAAUUCUAUGAAGCAAAAGUAAAGGAGAUGAACUAAGCUUACUAUAAAAGAUAGAAGAUGCUAAGGGACAAGAUGAGCUUGGUAAGAGUUAAAGGCCGAAGAGGGAGUGAUGGUAUGAUUGGAGUGGUUCCCUUUUUAGAGGAAUUUAGAGAGGACUUAGACAAACUUGCUGAGAAAAGAAAAAAUAUUAAGGAGGAAAAUCCUUACGAUUUUCCAAUUAUGAAAGAUAGAAUGCACUACAGUUUUAUUUGGGAUAGAUACACAUUGUUCGAAUUGGAGAACGUUGAAGAGAAUAUUGCAAUUGAUCCCACAGAUAAUAGACUAAAUCUGCAAGAGGAAAUAUAGAAAUUCAUGAACAAGUAAAAUCAAAAAGGUAAAAAGAAAGCAGAAGUCUCCAUCUCUACUGAUUCUGAUGCUGAUGAUGCUGUUAGCAAGACAAAUAAGGAUGCUUCAUAGUAUCACUCUUAAUCAGUAAGUGGACUAUAAUUAAGGGUCAACAGAACUGAUGAUCAAUUGAGUUCAGAGACUGAAUUAAAUCCCAGUGAAAUUCUUAGAAUAGCAUAAAAUCUUUCCGACAUUAGAGGAGCAGCUUCAAGGUAAAAAAAUAGAGAUAAAAUAUAGAGCCAAUCAGACUCAGCUCUAAAAGAGAGUUUAAUUGCAUAAUCACAAGAUGAUGAUGCCUCUUAGCUCAAGUAAUCAUUGGAUGAUGAUUAUGGGGAAGAAUAUGCUGAAGAGGAAGAUCCGGAUGAUGAAGAAGUAAAAAAGAGAAAGGAAAUUGAAUACUAAAUAUCAAGGCAUUAAGCUCUCUUGAAUAAAAAGAAUUCUUUCCUACCAGCAGCCUUCAGAAAUUCAAAUUCUAUUUUUAAUGGUGAUAGUAGAAAUAUAGCAAACAGAAUUGCUUCUUUGAGAUCAAGUGUGUCUGGUGGAAAUCAGGACAAAUCCAAAUUAUCCAGUAAGAGCUCAAUUAAUUAAUAGCAAACUAUUCCCAAAAAUCAGAAACUACCACCAAUAAAUCACUAACCAUCUUAGCAAAGUAGAUCUAGAAUUGGGGAUGAAACACUUUCUCAGCUAAGCAAAUAAUUCCCUGUUAAUAAGAAAAGUAAAUUAAUGGGAGAUGAAACUCUUUCAAAUCUUGAAAAGUAAUUUCCACUCUAGCCUAGCAAUAAUAACUAAUUGACACCUGGAAUGACUUUAGGGAAAAAAUUCAAAAUGAUGAGAAAUAAGGAAAUUGAUAGAGUCGACAAAGAUGACGGAGGGUAGUCUCUGAAAUCUAAAUGGACAGUAAUAACUAAUGACAAGGAUAAAAAAGUGGUUUUAGAAGGUAAUAAAAAUUUAUUAUAAUAGAAUCCUCAAAUGCCUGAUGCUAAAAAGUAGCGUAUGGAGGCUCUAGUAAGAUUUUACUAAUUUAUCUCUUUAGAGCAAACCAAUAAAAAUCUAGAAGCGUGGUGCAGAACAAUCAAUCGCAACAUAAGAUCUUUUGAAUGUAACUAUGUCAAGUGA